AUGAGUCCUCAUGGAAAAAAGCAAAUUAUUACUGAAAAUCAUCGAUCGACAGGAGUUCUUCUUAUUAAUGGUCACUCUCUCUCUUUGGUUUUCCUCCUCUCUUUUCAGUACGCCAUGUUCCUGUCCCUCAUCUUCCUGAUUGAACUGGUUGCUGCCAUAGUGGGCUUGGUUUUCAGACAUGAGAUUAAGGACAGCUUUGAACAAGGUUACAUGCAAGCCCUCAAACAGUAUAAUUCUACUGGAGAUCCCAGGAGCCAGGCGGUGGACACCAUUCAGAGGACGCUGAAAUGCUGUGGGGUGAAAUCCUACACCGACUGGGAGAGCCCGUACUACAAGACCAGUGGAAUUCAAAGCUGCUGUGCACUGCCAGGAAACUGUACACAGGAGGCCAUGAAGGACAUGGUGAAGGCCAAGAAUGUUGUCUUCCCAGAUGGCUGCAUCUCUAAAGUGACAUCAGUGAUGGAGUCUCGGAUGGGCAUUGUAGCAGGAAUUUCGUUUGGUAUAGCUUGUUUCCAGCUGGUAGGAAUGUUCCUGGCUUGCUGUCUGUCACGAUAUAUCACAAACAACCAGUAUGAGAUGGUGUAAACGCGUUGAUCGUCUGGAUGUUCAGGAUAAAGGGAAUUAUCUAUACUUUGUUUGACUCCGCUUGCCCCUGACAGAAGAGUUUCUUCUUUCGGACCUCAUGAUUUUUGUAUCUCCUUAAGUCAGCCUAUAACAUUUUAAAAAGGCUAAAAAGAUUGUCACCUGGCGAAUGACUGGUUGAAGUUGUCCGUUCAGUUUUAGACUCGUGUGUAUGACCGGCUUUACCUGUACAGAGGCCUGAAGCAAUGGCUGAGCAGCCUGCAGCUUCGGGUGUGUUUGAGUGGUGUUUUUUUCCAGACACUUUCUAAUAAAUCCAGAUAAGUCUGUCAUUAUUACAUUUGGGAAACUUUUCCUGUAGGGUUCUUCGGAGGACCCCUUUUUGCUGUCUGGAAAUUAGUGCCACAUGUUCAAAAACACUACAAGCAGCAGGGGGAGAAGAUUCUCCAUGUUGUUGUUAUUCUCAAUCACGGCACAUUAAACAUUUGCGAGUUUAAUUAAUAUAGUAUCAUUAGCCUUGUUAACUGCUUGUCAAGGAGCGAUACAAAUUUCCAUCAACAGGAAUCGGCCAGAUCAACGGCCCACAAUCCUGCUCAUAUAAUGUUUUUAUUAUGUAGCCACCAGCAACCCGUCGUAUAAAAAGAUAGACGUCACUAUUCAUUCUCUAACGAGGGACAGAAUGUUGUUUGGAAGGAGAUAAGACUACAGUCACUGACGACACUAAUCACAUUUCCUAGUCUUGGUAAUAAUUUAUUUCUGGAAUAUAAUUAAUCAACUCAAGGCUCUGAGGAAAAUAGGGAGCUUAUUUAAUCUAGGCCUGAAUUGGUGGGACUGGGCCGUUAUCCUUUAUUGUUCAUUCCUGUAGCCUAUACCUGCCUUAAGACCAUUUUUUUUAUUUUGAGAAAAUUUGUGUCAAAGCCUUCUGAGGAAACCAUUUGCUGGAUGACAGGGAAAUCUUUCACUGCAGUGAGGUUGUCAGAGCCUUAAACAAAAACUCAGGCGGCAGCAGCAGUAAAAAUGUUUAUCCUCUAGCGCUUCCGGCAUCGCGUUCUGGUCCUGCAGCGCUAACGUCCCAUACACAAGAGGUCACCACUGCAGCCAAUCAUUGGCCUCCGCAGUAUGCCGGACGUGAAUCCUGAGGCCAGUGAUUGGCUGCAGCAGUGGCAUUGUGUUUACAGGCUGUCGCCACUGCCGCCAGGACUGGAGCACGAUGCUGGAACCUGCAGGGGAGAAAGGAGACAGUAUGUCUUUCUUUAUGUUCUAUGAAAACCCCUUUAAUACUAGCGCACUAUGUCCCCUCUAUGUGUAUAGUUAUACCUUUGCUGAGAUCACAUUCCUCUUUUUCUUUAACACUAGUAUAUAUCGUUUUUAGUAUAGAAGUUAAUUGUUUUGCAAUUAAUAAGCCCGAAAAAGAUUCCUGCUUCUGAAUGAGCCGUUUAGCUUUUUGUUUUAUUAUAAGUUAUUUUGUUUGUUAUGAACUUUUGGCUACUAUGAAAACCAACUGAAGCUUAGGGAUUUCCUCCUCCUUUAUUAACUUCACUUUAUUUACUGAUAUAAUGUAUCUUGUACUUUUAUAACUGUUAUUAAACUGAAAGGGAAUACAAAGUGUUUACCCAGACGUGUGGCGGUUCUUCCUUGACCAGCGCGUCACAUUGAUUAUCAGUAUUAUAUGCUGCUGUAAUGUGGAAUACAUGUUUUGUAUGGAGGACAGAUAACCUUGUAUUUGUUUUUCCUUUCAUAUACAAUAAAGUUGUCUUUUCUUCUGAAA